CUUAUUUCCAGCACUCCGAAGUUGGCCAUAGAUGGACGACCCCGAGAUCCAAGAAACGGUGGAAGCCAUCUUGGGCAAGGGGGUGAAAGUAGUCGAUUGCGAGAAGAAAUCUUCGAUUAAAGAAGAGGAAGUGCUCUACAUUAACGGCAUACCGGUGACGUUGGAAGGCAGGGAUGGGGUGGCUAUAAAACAGGCCCUGAUCACGGGCCAAGUACCGCCGUGUGAUUUGUUGAAUAAGCUGCUGAUUAAUAGUGGCAUAUUGAAAGCGCCUGUUAAACUUGAUACAUCCCUAUCUGUCAAAAGUACGACUGUAAUCAAGGAAGAAGUGACAGUAUCCAGGGAUGGCAAAGUUGUGGACGAACGCAGUAGAGAGACAAAGGACCAGUCCUACUACACGAGCGCCAUGACAGAAGUUUUCGAACCGAUUAAAAUUAUUCCGACUGCCGAACUGCUAAACGGCCGAUACAAUGGCAGUUCAAGCGACGCCUUCAACGGAAACUCCAAGUGGUCCAAGUUCGGAAGCAGUUCCAGCGCUUCCAGCUACGAGUCUGAGCAAGAGACUCCGCUCCGCUACGGACCCAAGCAGUGUCUGAGUAAAGACUCAGGCCACAUGAGCUCUACGGUGACGGAUAAGGUGGAUUUCACGCAGAGUAGCAUAGAUUCGCUUUCUAGCUACGACGACACGGAUUACAUUUGCGAUCAGCUGAGUAAAUGCGCUAGCUUUGUAGGAGGAAAUGGAUAUACCAACGGAUAUUUACCAACAAUCUUCGGAACAGUGGCAUCUGACCUCACUCCAAAGGAUUGUUCUAAUAGGCGGAGUCUGCCACAAACACCAACCAUUAAAAGUUUUUCGACGAUUUUCGCAAACGACUCGAACCAAGAUAACUCAGGCGAUCCCAGUUUACAGCAGGAUAAUGCUCUGGUCUACAGGGACGGCAACCUCUUCAGCGGCCCCCUAGAGGCCCUCAUCCAGCACAUGGUGCCCACUGAGUCGUACUACCCGGACCGGGCCUACCUCUUCGCCUUCCUCCUGUCUGCACGCCUAUUUAUCAAGCCCCACGACCUCUUGGCCAGGGUGCGAGCCCUGGGCGACCAGCAGCAAGGAUUGGGUUGUGGUACCGGUACUGGGACAGCAGCGGUUCCGCAGGAACGAUUCGCCGAGAAGAUGGUGCAGUUGCUGGCCGAAUGGACGGAGACAUUCCCCUACGAUUUCAGAGAUGAACGUAUGAUGGAUCACGUGAGGAAAAUAACGCAACAAUGCUGUUCCAUCAACCCGGGUUUGCGUGCCAACGUCUCCUUAUUGCUUCAUAAUCUCCAUCCAAGACUCACUGCCCUAGAUGAAUACGAAAAAUCCUUGGAAAAUCAGACAAACACUGCAUCAUCUGAUGAGAACAUCAGCUGUCCAGAUAUAUCAGAAGCUUGUCCCAGUCCGGAAAAACUGGCACAACAGUUAACUCACGUAGAACUGGAAAGACUAUCUUUCAUUGGUCCAGAGGAAUUCGUGCAGGCUUUCGCCAAAGAGAACCCUGCUUUAGAGACGUCUUUCAAGGAUAUGAAGAAAACGAGGAAUUUGGAACAAUACGUGCAGUGGUUCAAUAGGCUGAGCUAUUUUGUGGCGACACAAGUCUGCAAGUUUCAUAAGAAGAAACAGAGAGUGAAGACGGUGGAAUACUGGAUUGAAACUGGAAGAGAAUGUUUCAACAUAGGAAACUUCAAUAGUCUCAUGGCAAUCAUAGCAGGGCUUAAUAUGUCUCCAAUAUCAAGACUGAAGAAAACAUGGAAUAAAAUACAGUCCGGCAAAUUCGCCAUCUUGGAACACCAGAUGGACCCCAGCAGCAAUUUCAGCAGUUACAGGAGCACUCUGAAAGCUGCAAUGUGGCGUAGCGCAGGCGCUACAGACCAAAGACAGAGGAUAGUCAUUCCAUUCUUCAGCUUGCUAGUGAAAGAUUUGUACUUCCUAAACCAAGGCUGUUCCAGCAAAUUGCCGAAUGGCCAUAUCAAUUUCGAGAAAUUCUGGCAACUGGCCAAACAAGUAACGGAAUUCAUGGCCUGGAAACAGGUCACCUGUCCGUUCGAGAAGGACCACAGUGUGAUAUCCUUGCUUCAGCACAGCCCUAUACUGAACGAGAAUGCCCUAGCCCUUGCCAGUUUCGAGUGUGAACCCCCUGAUAACAAUCAAGAAAAAGAAAGAUGCAAAACGCUCAAAGCUGAGGGAAGUAGUAAUAAUUGAAUCAAAGAUUAAGAGCUACUUUUAUGGGAAAUAUCUGAGUGCGAAUAUUGUCAUCAUAAUUAGUUUGGUUUUUGUAGUUCUUAGCUGGCUCUACUUUCAGUCGAUUUUUUUCUGUAUUAGAUCAGUUCAAAUCGCGAGCAUGACUCACGGAAAAUAUUGUUUUAAAUCAGUUUUAUGAUUAUUUUCUGUAUUGGAGUCAUAAAUCUUGGAUAUAAGCUCUAUAUUAUUGUCCUGAAUGUUUUAUUUCCAAAAAUAAACAAGUCAAAGCCAGUUAAAAGUGGGACAAAUAAAAUGCCUAAUAUAUUAACUAAUAUGACAGAAUUCUUAUUUUCGAUUAAUUGAAAAUAUAUCAAAUAAGAUAGUGAAAAAAUUGCCAACUAAAAGAUCUGAAUAGAAAACAGCUACAGAAUUUUUCAUGACAUAGCAGACCAUCAUUGGGAUCUCGGAAACUAGAAGAGAUAUGAGGUCUUUAGGACAGCCUGUACAUAUCUGAAUGAUUUUGUUUUAUUUUGCAUAUACAGGAUUGUCCGCUUUUAAUUAGCAAGAUAACAGUCCACCCUUAAAAGAAUUUCGUAGAUCAAAAUAGAAAAAUGUAUUUUUUUUUGCAGUAGGUGUUGCAGAUAUAUAUUAUUUCGAUAUUCUAAUAAAUAUACUUGGCCUGCUAUUAUAUGAAACAUAUUCGCUCUGAACUCAAAGUAUUAUUACCUUCUUCCCUUAUUCAUUUAAAAAUAUCACAAAGGUACAAAAAUAUUCCAUAGAAUCUAUGGCUUUAAUAGUUCACUACAUAAUUUCCAAUAAAUAUAUUAUUAUCGGUUAUUAUAUAUUUUUUUAUAUUUGUUGUAUAGUUUUUUUCUUCUUCUGUAAAUAAUUUCACCUGUAAAUUUUAAGUUUUAUUGUAAUAAUUUUGUAAAUAUUUCGUUAAGCUGCUCGAUAAAUUUAUUUGUAAAGAAGUUCAUAAUAAUAUGUACUUUUUAUUACAUCAUAUUUAAUUGUGAUUGUUUUAUAGAUUUAAAAAAAAUGUUUUUUUUCUUUAAAAAUUAUAAUUACUAUAACUGCUACUGCACAUCAUAGUUAACAGUAAUUUAGUUGAAAAUUACCUUAGUAUUUUUUACAUAUUUUGAUGAUUUUUUAGUGAUACAAAGUCUAGUUAAAAAAAAUAAGGAGCAUGUUAAAUAUUAUUUGUUUUUUGAUGCAUUAAUUUUAUUUUAUAUUUAUGAAAACUAAGUUUAAAUUUUUACAACAAACAUGACACUGAUAAUUAAGAAUUGAUUUGUGAAUAACAAAAAGUGACCCUUAUUUUGCCUAUGUGAACGUUUAUAUGUGAUGCAAAAAUUGUUUAUUUAAAAUAAAAUAGGUUUUUGCUAUUGUAUUAGUGUGAGCAAACAAGUACACACAUAUGUAUAUCUACUUAGCUGCUAUAAGGAUAGAUAUAGUUAUUUGGAACAUAAAUACUCAAUUUUGAAAACUUUUUAGAUGAUAAAAGAUAUCGUUUUAUAUACGCCUCUAUAUAUUUCUAAUGUUUUUUACCUGAAUGUUUUGUAUGUAUACAUAUUAAUUAUUGUAUUGUACUUAAAAUAAGUUUUAUUCUAUUUCGACCAACGUAUUUAUAACAGUAUUUCAGCAAGUACCUUUUAUGUCACAUCUUUUCUUUUUUUAUUCAAUUUUGUAUAUAAAGAAUUACAAUUUUUUUUACUUCAAUUCUUUAUGUACAAAAUAUAAUAUACUAUAGAUCGCAAAAUUUUGGGAUUUUCGCUACAAAAAAUGCUUUUAAUCGUCACCGCGAAGUAGUUAUAAAAACUUGGAAAGACUUAAAAUCAUCAGUAUUCUAGUCAUUAGUUAAGAUUAUAUCUGAUAUACCGCUUACGAUGUAUUUCAUUUUAAGCUGCUAAAGUGUAAAAAUUAUUUGUAUUGUAUCAAUAAAAUGUU